UCUUGGAGAGUUGUGGACCAAAACAUAGGUCUGAUAUCUACAUGCUUUCUGGAAUUGGUUGGGUUUUGGGUUGUAUAGUAAUUCCCGGAACUGCCUUUUGGUUAAGAGAUUUUCGAUAUAUGAAUUGGAUUGCAUUACUGCCCAUUGGAUUCUUAAUGCUUUGGUUUUAUUUCAUACCGGAGUCUCCCCGUUGGCUCAUCACCAAUGGCCGCAUAUCUGAGGGCAAAGAGGUUUUGAGGAAUAUUGUCAAGCAAAAUGGAUUAAGCGAUCAAGACUUUGAUCAAAAAUUUGCUGAAUUCACCAAACAUUUACUGAGAAAUGAAGAGUCGGAAAAGUCUACCAAAACAUAUACAGUCUUAGACUUAUUGAAGACAUCAAAUCUCCGUAAAUAUACGCUUAUAUUCUGGUUCUCGUGGAUUGUCGUCGGAGUGGUUGAAUUGCCCUCAGCUUUCAUCUCAAUCACUGCUCUCAGAUAUAUAGGCCGAAGAACAGCUCUUAUCAUAUUCUUAAUAAUAAUAGCCGUGUCUUCGUUGGCUAUAAUCCCGACGACUGACUCCACAUUGAAAGUGACGUUUGCAUUGAUCGGCAAGUUUGCUGUCGGAGCUCUUUGGUGGAUAUAUGAGGUCUAUGUUCCA